GCAGCGUGGGCAGCUUCCUGUCCCCGGCGCCGCGCCCGCCGUCCAGCACCACGAAGGGCGCGAUGCCGCAGGCCCGCAGGACGCCGAAGAAGUCGCGCACGGCCGCGGCGAAGGCGCCGUAGUCGCCGCCGCGUCGGAAGUCGGCGUCGGGGGCGAAGCAGAGGUGGUGGUAGAGGCUGCUGCCGUCGAUGACCAGCUUGGUGUCCCGCACCCGCAGCUCGGUGAAGAACACGCCGCGCUCCUCCACGAAGCCCGUGAGCCCCUGGACGCCCAUGGCGCCGGAAGCGAUGUCGGCAGUGACACGAGCGGCCCUCCCAUCCCGGAUCUGCUUCCUCCCGCUCCUCCCGCUCCUCCUGCCCGCCGCCGCUCGGCGUGCGCGCGCCGUCUCCUGGCGACGGGGCCGCGAACGGCGCGGGCCGGGCCGGGAGUGCUGAGGGCUCCGGGAGCGCCGAGGGCCCCGGGAACGCUGAGAGCUCCGGGACCGGCGGCCGCUCCCGCUCUGCCGGCCCCAGGGAACACGGGGCACCCCCAGGCACCGCAGCCCCGCCGGCGGGACGGGCGCUGGAGCGGCGGGAAGCGGCGGGGACGUGGGGCACCGCCGGCUCCCGGGGCAUGCCGCCUGUCCCGGAGGGGUGAGGAACGGGGACGCCGCCCUCGCUCCUCGCUAUGUGGAGAAAUGCUGAAAUUUCAAGAAACUGCUAAGCAUGUCACUGUUGCCAGAUUUAAUUCUGCUUGCUCAGAUGCUGUGAUUGCAAGAAGAUACACUAUUCAGAGGAAACUUGGCAAUGGAAGCUUUGGAAGUGUGUAUUUGGUUAAUGACAGAAAAGCAAAACAAGGAGAAAAAUUAAAGGUCCUAAAGGAAAUCUCUGUUGGAAACCUAAAGCCUAAUGAAACAGUUGAAGCAAAUGUGGAAGCACAACUACUCUCCAAAUUAGACCAUCCAACCAUUGUUAAAUUUUAUGCAAGCUUUGUGGAGCGAGAUAGUUUCUGCAUUAUCACUGAGUAUUGUGAGGGUGGAGACCUAGACUUUAAAAUUCAAGAGUACAGAGAUGCUGGGAAGAUGUUCACUCAAAGUCAAGUAAUAGACUGGUUUAUACAGUUGUUACUUGGAGUCGACUAUAUGCAUGAAAGACGGAUACUUCACAGGGAUUUGAAAGCCAAGAAUAUAUUUUUGAAAGAUAAUCUUCUUAAAAUUGGAGACUUUGGAGUUUCUUGUCUUUUGAUGGGUUCAUGUGAUCUUGCAACUACUUUUACUGGGACACCAUACUACAUGAGUCCAGAAGUACUGAAGCACCAGGGAUAUAAUACAAAAUCUGACAUUUGGUCUCUGGGAUGCAUUUUGUAUGAGAUGUGCUGUAUGAACCAUGCAUUUACUGGACAGAAUUUUUUGUCUGUUGUGUUAAAAAUUGUGGAAGGUGAAACACCUUCUCUUCCUGAUAGAUAUCCAAGCAAACUGAAUGCUGUGCUAUGCAGCAUGUUAAGUAAGAAUCCUUCAUUGAGACCAGCGGCAGCAGAGAUCCUAAAAUCCCCUUAUAUUGAUGAACAACUACAGAAAAUACAGUACAAGUUCACCAACAUGAUUGUGAAAGACAAGGCACUUAACUGUCAGAAAGAAUCUGCUCCUAUUUUUAGUGCCGUGCAGAAGAAAGUUCAUUUGCAAACUCUACAGGAACUUUCUGUAGUUCAGAAAAUGACCCCGCGGGAACGAAUGCGGCUGAGGAAGUUAAAUGCUGCAGAUGAGAAGGCAAAGAAGUUGAAGCAGCUGGCAGAAGAAAAAUACCAAGAAAAUAUCAAAAGAAUACAAGAAUUCAGGUCCCGUAAUUUUCAGCAGCUGAAUGUCAAUGUCCUACAUGAAUCUGCUGAGCAGACUUCAAAACACCUCGUUCCUUCCCAGCCAGCCACUAUGGGCAACUAUGUGUCCACAGGACAGGAUGAACCAAGAGGGAACGAGACAAGUGAACUCGGCACGUCUGAACUUACAGACCAUGAGAUCCCUGAAGACCCAGAAAUUGCAGAACAAUAUUAUAAAGAUGAGUUUGAAUCCUGUUCAGAAGACAGUGAAGAGGAGGAAGAUGCAGAAUUGUCAUGGACAGUCUCUAAGACAAAUCACCAGGACAGUGAUAUGGAGGCAAUGGUUGAGUAUUUGGAGAGUGUCCUGAAUAGCAGCUCUUUGGGCUCGAGGACUGUCACCAGAGUGUCUCCAGGGGUGCCCCAGGGAUUCAGAGCUCUCAACAGCACAAUGGCUGAGACCAAGCUUAAACGCAUGAGGGAAUCUGCCAUUGGGAAGCUGGGAGUGGAGGCAUUUGAGGCAGUGUACAGCUGCCUCAAGCAAGCGAGACAGCAGAAUGCCAGUGAGGAGGAGAUCAGGAGCUGUCUGGAGAAACUGGUUUCCAGAGCAAGUGAUUGCUUCGAAGUGGAUCAGCUGCUGUACUUCGAGGAACAGCUCCAGGCUUUAGAGCCGCAUCUCCAGCUGUAA